AUGUCUCCUACUUUAGCCUUUACACCCAAUCGUAAAGCUACUAUGAGAGAAUUUGCGGUCAAUACAGUCACACACCUCAAUUCAAAACUGACUGGCCACGGAUAUGCUUGCCCACACUUUCCAAAAUUCAGAAGCCGAGAAUACCCAAGUUGUCUUGGAUUCUUCCACGAGAAUGAUAAGGAAAAGAUCGUUUAUAUUGAGCUCGCCAAAUUAUGUGAGAACUGUUUCUCUGAGGUUGUUCAAGAAGAUUACAAUGUUUGGAUAUGCGGGAAUAGUCGGUUCCCCCGGAAUAUCUCCGGGAAAUUCAAUGGAACGGUGCCAAAGGAACACAGUAUCUGGAAUGUACCCGAUUCCUCCAAAGGACUUUAUCGGGAAUUUAUCCAAGCAGGGACACCUCUUCGGAAGGGGGCUUCCAUGGGACCUCCUGAGAAGGAAUUAACAGCACGAGGUCGCUUCAAUCUUCCUACUGCCAUACAAAUGCCGCAGGACACUUCAGCAGAAGAUGUAUGGGCGUGGCUGAAGAAGAGUGGGAAACCAUUCUAUAUUGAACAACUGCACCUGGUCAAGAGGUGGACUCCUUGGACGGAGAAAAUGGCCAUGGAGGAUUUUGGAAUUGCAAUAAAGCAUGGGAAUAGCUACCAGCCUUCUUUCUCAACCAAAUUCAAACCCAGUUCCAAACCAGCUAAGAAGAAAGACUUUCUUUCGGGCAUUGCAGCAGAUACUCAGUCUCUUCCAGCUUCGCCAGGUCUUUUCGAGAAAAGGCCUAAAGCAACACCAAAGGGCAUUGGCAACAGUUCGAUGAAGGCCAGCACCGGAGAUCCUCCGAAGAAAUCAAGCAAGAAAUCCAGUCCGAACACUGAUGAGGCUGCAAUGAAGCCACAAGUCUCUGCCGCAAAACCCUCCAAAGCAGAAGCCAGAUCCUCCCCAAGAUCAAUAGUUGAGGAAUUCGGGACAAUUGAAGCUUCUACUGGUAGUGCGUUCGCUACAAAGGAGUUGGAUCCAAUUGCAGGUUACAGCCAUGAAAGACGCCCCGCCAGAGAGGCUUUGCGGAACGUGAAGCCGGGCGCAAAACAGGAAGGAGGGACUAUGCCCGGUAGACUCGACGAACCCCUUGACGACGUCUCUUUGACGGAUAUGGAGAUUCGUGCUCAAGUCGCUGACUUCCCUGAGCCCAGACCCAGAAACGGCGGAACCGGAUCAAGAUCAGGAAAGAAAGCACCUUCAAUCGCCUCGAGUCUCAAGAGCCAACGUCCGUUUCUACCUCCAAAGCCACAAUCCCGAAAAUCAGAUCUACAGCUUACUGCUGUAGGAGGGAGUUCAGCCCAGGUCGGGGUGUUUGUAGAAAGAUAUGGGAUCAUUCCAUCGAUCCCGCUUGGUAGCCCUGACAAUUUUGCACGACCACACAGUGAUGCUGGAUCUGAACCAAUUGGAAUCAUCCAGAGUCCACUCAUCUUCCAACACCUUCUCCGGACUUACGACGCACAUCAAAAGCGAGGCCAAAAUUACCAACACCAGCAAGGUUCUCCUCAGUUCCCUUGCUAUGGGGAAGACCCUGUUCAAGAAUACGAGUAUGGCAACGGGAGUAACCUAUCAGACCAAAAUGAGUCAGAAAACAGUUCUUUACGAGGACAAAGCAAACUUAUAGAAAGCCCAUCCGAAGCGCCGCUUCAUCAAGUCAUGCAGACUCGCAGCAUUGCAAACACCCAAGCCCCCGCAACACCACAUCAACCUGUCCUCCACCCACGUGCUACUCAUCAAUCAAUACACCGCGGUCAGACCUUUGGCGGCCCCUUUCCCGACAUGCAAGGAGUAUCACCAUCGUCAAAUGCAUACGAAGAGCAAAGUCAUGCUCUUGAGAACCAACAUUCUCGGAGCUAUAAUGUCCAGGCACCCGGACUUCCAAUGAUGUCGCCUCCGACAAGGUCAUCGACUGGAAAUUUUGUGCGACCCAUGACGAAAUCGAAUAUGAAUGCUACCAGAUGGGACAGUCUUGCACAGUCAGGUGUUCUCCGAGAUACCCAGACCAAACGUGUACCUCCUUGCACAUCUCAGCCCGACGUUCCGAGCAAAGGCGGCAGCACUCCAGGUACUUCUUCGAUUGCCCAGGAAUACCACAAAACACAGACGAAUCUAAAUUCUAAGGCGACCAGGAGGCCAAACGUGGAAGCACCUUUCGAUGAGGAGGCUACAACGACCACGAAACGGAAGAACUUGAAGGCCGCCCAAAGGUCAAAAGCGCCAAAGCCAUCUCACAACGAGGAGGGCCAAACGGUCACGAACCAAAACACUGCCGCGAAGGGAAGCAAGACGAAAACGAAAAAACCCGGUCCGGAGCGGGUACCAACUGCGGCAUCAAAUCAAAAGCAAAAGAAAGGCUCGAGCCAAGAUUUGGACCCGCCUAAUACCACAUCGCAAAGCACUUCAAAACGGCCGAACAAAACAACCAAUACAGCCCAACCAGCUCGAAGAGACAACGCUCCUCACCUCAGGUCCGCAGCAUCAGAUAAUCGCCGCAAAACUCAGCAUACCAACCCACCUCAUGACAAACCAAAGCCCUUGAAUGAGAAAAAGGCUGCGGGCCACUCCGGUGGAAAGGGGAAGGCCCGCGGCUCGAAACCCAGGACAUCAGAUAAACCGCAUGCUAAGAAGCCGCAUGACAGCACGUCAAAACAUACGCCGAAGCCUUCCCAUGAGAAACAAGGUGCAGGCCACACUAGUCGAAGAGGCGAUGCUCACGGUUCAAAAUCACCAAAAAAUCGCCACGAAUCCCCAAACCACAAAGCAGAGGGCAAUCGCACCGAGAGAGAUACCACUGACGACGACGACGAUGACGAUGACGACGACGGCCCGUAUGCGGAUCAGAGCGAGCCAGAUCAAGGCGAUUCCGAUAAUCAGAGUGAACUGGAUCAGAAUGAACCCGAUCAGAGCGAGUCAGGCCAGAGUGAAGCCAAUGAUCAGAGUGAGCCAGACCAGAGUGAGCCCGAUGAUGAGAGUGAGCCCGAUGAUCAAAACGAACCCGAUCAGAGUGAGCCAGAUCAGAGCGAUCCAGAUGAUCAGAGCGAACCCGAUCAGAGUGAGCCAGAUCAAGAUCAGAGUGAACCCGAUGAUGAGAGUGAGCCGGAUCAAAGUGAGCCAGAUCAGAGUGAGCCCGAGGAUCAGAGCGAACCCGAUCAGAGUGAGCCAGAUCAGAGUGAACCCGAUGAUCAGAGUGAUCCAGAUCAGAGUGAACCCGAUGAUCAGAGUGAUCCAGAUGAUCAAAGCGAACCCGAUCAGAGCGAGCCGGAUCAGACAGAGCCAGAUCAGAGUGAGCCCGAGGAUCAGAGCGAACCCGAUGAUCAAAGCGAACCCGAUCAGAGUGAGCCAGAUCAGAGUGAGCCAGAUCAGAGUGAACCCGAUGAUCAGAGCGAUCCAGAUAAUCAAAGUGAACCUGAUCAGAGUGAGCCAGAUGAUCAAAGUGAGCCAGACCAGAGCGAUCCCAGUGAAGGUCAGAGUGAGCCAGACCAGACUGAACCCGAUGAUCAGAGUGAGGACGAAGAUGCAAACUAG